AUGUCAGAAAACGUGGCAGCCUAUAGAGAAGUGGUGCAUGGAUGUCACAACUCAAAAGCAAACGUGGCUGCUGGGAAGUUUCUAGCAGUUAUAACUUUGAAUGCUAUUUGCAAAGUUUUUCCAUUGAAAUCAACAGAGAGACAAAAAAAAAAAAGGGACAAGGCCCAGAACACAAGGCCAGAGAUGACGCCCGAGUUGAGACUCAGUUUCAAGAAGGGUCACUGUUCGUCUCUCGCACCAGAAAAUCAAAUAGCUAAUUCCAUUGGCUGUGUCAAAUUUCAGGAAAGAGGGGAAAUAUUCUUCUUCUAUAGGCUUCAAGUCAACAAGGAGGAAGCUCACAGCGUUCACGAUGUGCCGCGCUUGUACAUUGUGUUGCGGCCAGAGUCUGGUGAGAGACCAGUUGAAGAGAAGCAGGACCCCCACUCUGGCAAGGAGGGAACCAAAAAGAAGUUUGGUGAAAGUCAAAGUGGCUCGUGGAAGAAUGAAUAUGAAGGUGGACAGGGGAGCCAGGAAGUAAAUAUUGAGAAGGAACCACUGUUACGGUUCAUUGUUAUGGGAAGGAAAAGUCUGCCAGAUCCAGGCAAGAAGUCCCAACCCUUCUGGGGUUAUGUUGAACUGGUGACAACAAAGAUAGAAGAUGUGAAAACUGCUCUAAAGGAGGAAUAUGAUAAUUCAAAAAGAGGUCACCGAAGUAAAUUUCCUGCAAGAGCGGUGGGAGAAGGUGUUUACCGGAUUGUGAGGCACAAUUCAGGGAAGAACAAAAUGCAUACACAUUUGAUCUACAAACUUGAAUUCCCACCAGAAAAUGAAGAGAGUGAACCCCAAGAAUCCCUCAACAUUGAGCGUGAAGGCUCAUUCGUGAUUCAAAUAAAAAACCCAGAACAACCUGGCAGUUCCCAAUUCAGGGGACUUCAGAACAAAAGAAAGGCAGCAUUCCCUGCUCACUUGCAAGGGCAGUUGGGGAAAAACCGGUAUCAUCCGGCUGACCCGCCGGACUUUCUGAACUAUGAAGGAUGUGAAUUCCUGCUCAUAUCAGCCUCGGAUGAUAUCAACAAGGUGUUGGGUUUGGAACUUGACACAGAAGAGGAAGCGGAUCCAUCUUGUUCAGAUUUGGUCAGGACUUUUGGGGAGACUGCAUCGACUACUCCCCUUUUUAAGGGAAUUUAGGUGAUACUCGUAAAAUAG